AUGGCCCCUAAGCCCCAAGUUGUGAUCCUCCUCCUUUCCUUCCUCCUUUUAACCUCCGCCAUGGCAUUUAACAUCACAGCUAUUCUCGAGCCAUUCUCUAAGUUCACCACCUUCAGCAAUUAUCUCAACCAAACCAAGCUUGUCCAUGAAAUCAACCACCGUCGGACCAUCACCAUUCUUGUCAUUGAUAACUCUAGAAUGUCUGCAAUCUCCUCCCUUCCCGAAGAAAGCCUCAAGCAUGUCAUGGAAGUCCAUGUAAUCCUUGACUAUUAUGAUAUCAGAAAGAUCAGUCACAUACCACGCAAGAGCUUCCUCCUCACCAUCCUCUUCCAAACCACCGAUGUUGCUACCAAAAGAAUGGGGUUCUUGAACGUCACUCGUAUGGCCGACGAGUCAGAAGUAUUUGGGUCGGCUAUCCUAAGAGCCCCACAUACCUCCACAUUAAUUAAGAAGGUUAUGACAAUGCCAUAUAAUAUUUCAGUGCUCCAAGUUUCUGAGCCUAUUAUCCCACCUGGCAUUGAUGGUGCACUACCCAUGACCCCUAUAUCGAACCCACCAGAGAUGAUCGAUCCUUCGACAGAGGUGCCAGAGGUAGCUGAAGCUCCUAUAGAGUCUUCAGAAGAGGAUGUUGUUGAUGCCCCCGCUGAUGCUCCAGAAAAAAGUACCGAUGCCCCUGCUGACUCUCCAGAAGUAGAUGAACCAAUGUCGGAUGCAUCUGAAGAGCAAUCUAGUUCACACAAAAAAGCUUUUGAUGCAUCGGCAAGCAUAUCUUUGAGGACCCGACUGUCAAUUGGUGCAAUCUUCAGACUUGUCAUCGGCAUUGUAUUCUUAUGA